UCGGGGAAAUUCUCUCUCUCUCUCUCUCUCCCUGCACGCGGCUUAUCCGAAACUCGCUUUUGCACGCGUUGCAUGUGUGCGCAUACGUACCUAUAUACAGCAUGUGAGUGCGAGUGCGUUUUCUCUCUCCUUCGUGCCGAUCGGCAAACAUACUCGAUCGUCUUCGCGGCUCGCCACGCCGCAGCGAACCGACUCGUGCGUCUCGAGUAUAUACGGCCUGCGUGCGCGCGCGCGUCAAAGUCUCGUAUAAGCAUUGUAUACACACAACACACAAUACAAGAAUUUAAAUGUCAGACAUGAUCGUUGACACGCGCUGCACGAUCGACCUUGGAUAUAAUUUUUCGUGAAAAAAAAGGGAAAGAAGAAAGAAGAGAAAGAAAAGCCAGCGAGUCGAUCUCGACGUUACUGCAAGAGCCAUGGCCGAUCCGACGAUACAGACCUUUUGCUGUCAUCACAACAAUCGCUCGGACUUGGCCCUCGUCAUCAUGGACGAGUUCAAUACCGACGCCUACAACACGGUCUGCAUGGUGUCCUCGUCGAUCGGCAUAUUCGGUGCUAUCUAUCAGGUAUUGCCGCGACAAGAGCUGAAUCUGUCUCAUCGAUGGCAGGGAUUGUCGGCUGCGAGGGGUCGAGAAAUCAUAGUCUGGCUCGCCGUUGCCGAUCUUUUGGCCUCGUCCGGUGUUUUCAUAAGAUCGGCGCUGUGGAUGAAUUUCAAGUCGAUCAUGCCGAUGGAGGACGACACGUCCAGCGUCGUGUUCUGCGCUAUUUCCUCGGCGUGGACGCAGUACUUUUACAUGGCAACCUGGAUAUGGACGCUGUGCUACGCCAUCGAUAUGAAGCUGCUGCUCGGUGAAAAACUCGGUCGGCCCUUCUGGUACCACAUAUUCGCCUGGUUGAUGCCGGCCAUCCUCACCACAUUGGGCCUCACGAUACUCUACGUUCCGAAUGCCAACUGCUACGACAUAACUAGCCUGUCGUCGACGAUCCUGAGAAUACUGCCGAAUUACCUGGCCACCUACGGUCUUCUCGCCGUGGUGAUGGUGGCCAAUCCGCUGCUCUACCUGUCGACGACCAAGGACCUGAAGAACGUCGUGACGCGCACCAUGGCGCAGAUGACGGGCCGCGAGCGCAAGCUCGUCCAGACGAUCAAGCUCAAGUUCGCCAUGACCAACGUCGUCUACUACGUGUGCUGGAUACCGAAUCUGCUCAACGGCAUACUGCUCUGGACGCUCUGGUUCCAGCUGCCGGUGAAGGUCAUCAUCAGUCUCUGGUACGUCAUGGCCGUGAUGAAUCCGCUCCAGGCCUUCUUCAACGCCCUCGUCUACAAGAGGUGGGGCAGGCGCGAGAGGUUCAAGCUCGAGUGGUGCUACAAGCUGCGCAAGCUCGGGCCCGGCUAUUACGGGGCCAGCGGCAGCAGCGACGCCACGACCGAUCCCAGCGAGUCGUCGCCGCUCAUCGACGCCGCCCAGUACAAGCUGACGCCGCGCGGCAGUGUCAACAACACCUACAGCGGCACCUCGCCGACUUCGUGAAUAUACAUAUAAAACAAUAAAAUAGGCAAAUAACGAAUUUAUGUGAGAUUGCGCGUGCAUGUGUCUGUGCGAAUCCGUCAAUGAGUGCGCGAGUGCGUUAUUAAUGGCCGUGAUACAAAGUGGUAUUUUAGCUUAUUUUAAUGAAAAGUAUCGGUCGCUAAUUAAUUUUCUACGAUAUAGAAAUAAGGUUGGACAUUUUGCAAUUUACUAGAUACGGUGAUCUUUAGCAAUCUUUUAUUUUGCUCUCCCUUCGGCCAACGUGUAACAAUCAUAUCACACAAUCGAUUUCUUUUACAAUUUUUUUGUUUUCGUCUUUUUUUUUGU